AUGGCAAGUCUUGCCGGUGGAGGUGGGCCAGAAGCUUCGGGCGACCGCUUGCAAGACUGGGAAGAAGUGAAUGAGCUUUUGGAAGCUGUGGCCGAUGCCCUCUUGCAGCUGGGAGCUUUUGCCAGCCAGUUGCUGGAGAUUUGCAAGAGGGUUGAGGCAGACAGCUUUGUUGAGGCUUGCAUGCAGCUGCGGGAAGUGUGCGAAGAAUGUGGGCAGCAGGACAGGCUCAUCAUAGCCGGCAAAGGCAAUGUGGGCAAGAGCACCAUUGGAAACGCCCUGCUUGGCGGUGGCAAGUUUUGGCCAACAUCCUCCUCAUGCAUGACGGCUCGGAUUUGUGAAGCACACUACGAUGCUUCUGCCUCCGGCAUCGCAGUUUCGAAGGACAUGGUCCACAAGAGUGCCACUUCACAGCCAAAAGAGUUUGAAGAAUUCCUGGAGCAACCUUUGCAGGUUCCAAAUCCAAGCUCCUUGCUGAAGCCGGGCGUCAUUCUGGUCGACUUGCCAGGCUUGAAUCAGGAGAAGAAGUACAUCGACAGACUGAAUGAGUACUUGAAGUCUCAUCCCUCCUCCUCCGUGGUGCUGGUGUAUGUCCUGGAUGUGAAUGACAAGAUUUGCAACUCUGACCACCAGUUUUUUGUGAAACUCAUGAGUUCCCCCUGGACGGAAUUGUCCCAGAAGCUUCUGCUUGUGGUGAACAAGUGUGACAUAGAAGUCGCGCGGAACCCUUUGGACAGCGAAGAAGAGACUCCAAACUAG